CGCGCCAUGAAGUCGCUCACGAUCUCCUACUCUCGCAAAUCUUUGACCGAAGAAGAGUACGAGGACGGGGAGGACGAAGAAGAGGAGCUCAGCGUCGCCGCCGCCUUUGGCGGGGAAAGCCUAGAACCCGUCGAGGACGAGGUUGAGGAUGAAUCUCAGUAUUGGAGCGGUGCUCAACCUAGGGACGACGACGACUACUGGAUCGACAACGACUAUGGCGACGCCGAGAUCCAGACUCUGCGUUCGACGCCUAGCCACAGCAGCGUCGCCAGCACUGCCAGUGCCACCUCCAACUCCACGGUCUCAGAGGUCGACUCCGUAGCCUCUCGGUCUUCUUCGAUCACUCUCGGACGCGUGAAGAGCUGGGGCACAGACAACUCGGAUUACCGACAGCAGGAGCAGCGCGGGAUGAUGAACGAUUACUACUACCUGAACAGACACUCGAGCGCCUUCUCGGAAGCCUCCAUCGGCAACGGGUCCUAUCACUCGCCUUCGCCUGCGCCUUCACCUCCUCCCCUUGCACAUACCCCUGGCUAUCCCGUCGGCUACCCCUACCACAGUGGCUACUCGCAGCCAGCUGGCCUGGGGCGGACCGAUUCGGUCACCACUAUCGCCACCGAGCCCGACGACUCUGUCCCUGAUCGUCGCUCGCCUACCCCUCAACCGAGCAGCUCGGCGGCUCCCGCUCAGAGCACCAGGUUCACGAAUGCUCGCCGCGCUGUCGGCCCGUCCCCUGAUCCGACACGGUCAAUCCGAGGCGUCGAGGCGCACCCAUCCCGAGGGGGGUUGACCAUGACGAACUCAUGGUUCAUGAGCCGGCAAGAAUACAAGGCAGCGCAAGCGCAGAUGAAGGCGAAGGAGGAGUACGAACGACAUCUCCAAAUGGCCCGAGUCGACCUUGAAGAAGUCUCCCGUCCUCGAACGAGGAAACCACCCCGCCGUCUGCAAGCUGGAGGCCACGGAUCGCUCGUCCUCCCAGAACCCCAAUACCGCGAGUGAUGAUGG